AUGAUAUUCUCAUUUCUUCUGUUGAGUUUGAAAGUUGUCAGCGUCCUUGUUCUGUGCUAUUUGAUUGUCAGCCGCAAAAAUAAAAGGUCAAUAUUGCCACCCGAGAGGAAGCCCAAAGUCAUUGCUUCAUCAUCCGUUGGUGUUAAAAUUUUUUUUGCCUCCAACAGCGGCCAUUCUGAAAAAUAUGCCAUUCUAAUGCAUGAAUCGCUGUGCAGAUUUUUCGCCAAGCAUCCGAGUGCUAAGCGCAAAUUUGCCUUAUGUGGUCCCAAAUCUCUCGAGUACUACGACCCCGAUGACCUUUAUACUGAAGAUUCCGUUUUAUUCCUUUUUGUUCCGACAUACACGGACGGACAACCACCAUUGGCUGCAAAAUGGUUUUCCGCAUUCUUGGAGGAUGCUGCCAACGACUUUCGAGUGGAUCGCUCAAGCCUGAAAAGGCUCAAGUUUGGUGUUUUUGGCCUUGGAGAUUCUGCAUUUGCCCCCGAGCAUUUCAAUACUGCUGGCCGUUGCAUUGAUAAAAAUUUAUCGUUGCUUGGUGCUACUCGAAUCAUCUCUUUUGGAAACGGCGAUCAGCAAAUUGACAGAUUGAGCGUUUUGGGCGAUUGGAUUAACAGGGCGCAGCUUUUGCUAAGUUGCUAUUCUGAAAAUCCGGAAUGGAUCAGCAUUCCAAUGGAGGAUUUUUCUCAAGCACUGCCAUACGAAUCGGACGAAGAUAUUUCGUCUGAGCCGGUAAUUGAUAUGGAGGAUCUCGAAAUUCUAGAUUCGCAAGAAAAAACCAUGCAAGAGGACUCUAAUGGCCGCUAUUUCUCUGGCGUUGCUAUCCAAAGCAAAAGAAAAUCUCGACUUGCAAAUGUCGUGCCCGCGUUAGAGGAGGAAGAUGACCCUUCAUUUUCCAAAUUUAUUCUGGAACCUUCGCCAUCGGAAGUGCCCAUGGUGACGCCGGAAAUCGGCAGGUCUUUAACCAAACAAAGAUAUAAGGUUGUUGUGAGCCAUUCUGGCGUCAAAUUGUGCCGGUGGACCAAAGCAAUGCUUCGUGGCCGCGGGGGAUGUUAUAAGCACACUUUUUAUGGAAUUGAAAGCCAUCGAUGUAUGGAGGCUACUCCAUCUCUCGCGUGCGCAAACAAAUGCGUAUUUUGCUGGCGCCAUCACACAAAUCCGGUGGGAACCCGCUGGGUGUGGAAGCUAGAUAGUGCGGAAAGCAUUGUUUCUGGAGCGCUAGCCGGCCAUGCUAGCAUGGUUAAGCAAAUGAUGGGCGUCCCUGGCGCUUCGCCAGAGCGGCUAUUGGAAGCGCAAGUUGUUAAGCACUGCGCGCUUUCUUUGGUUGGGGAGCCCAUUAUUUAUCCCCACAUUAACGAGCUGGUUGCUCUUCUUCAUGAAAAGUCGAUCUCCACAUUUCUGGUUACGAACGCCCAGUUUCCAGAUCGAAUAGCUCAGCUUUCGCCCAUCACUCAACUGUAUGUUUCCGUGGACGCAUCCACUAAGGCUUCUUUGAAAAAGAUUGACAGACCCCUUUUUUCGGACUUUUGGGAACGAUUUUUAUGCUCGCUGAAGGCCCUCAAAGAAAAGAAACAACGCACCGUGUAUCGCCUGACCCUUGUCAACGAUUACAACACCGAAAACUUGAAGGAGUACGCCAACUUGGUUAAUGUUGGGGUGCCCGAUUUUAUCGAGAUCAAAGGUGUUACUUUUUCCGGGGCCGGCUCCACAGCCACAACAACGGGGGCCGAUACAUCCGCCUCCUUGAGAAUGUCGAAUUGCCCAUUCCACCAUGAGGUGGUUUCUUUCUGCCAGCAAUUGUGUGCUCUUCUCGGGGGAAUGUAUUCGAUUGCCUCGGAACAUGCACACUCAAACUGCGUGCUAAUUGCACAUGAAAAAUUCUUCAUCGAUGGCAAGUGGUUCACUUGGAUCGAUUACGAGAAAUUCCAGCAGCUUAUUCGCCUGGGUCAACCCUUCACCUCUCUAGAUUAUGCCAAAGAAACGCCACAAUGGGCCAUGUUUGGUUCUGAGCAUCGAGGAUUUGAUCCAUGCGAAACACGGCAUUAUCGAAACAAGCAGCCCAAAGAGGCUGCGGUGGAGGUCACUAAAACUGGCAGUCCAGAUGUGUGCUGUUCCACACAAAGCUCAUCGAAAGAUACCGAGAAUCUCCCGAAUUAUAAUCUCGCCACUUGUUCUUCUGGAGACUGUUGCAUGGGGCAACGCCCAGAAUCCGAGCCCGCUAUGUGUGGAGACGCAGAGAGCCGCCCCUGA